CCAUCCCUGUAACCAUCUACUAUUUCUCCGUACUAUGCAGUAUUAGUAUGGAUUCCGGCCUACUUGUAUCCGCUGGCACGCUGGCGAUAGCGGACCGAGAGUAGUCUCUAAAGCCGAGGAUGCAGAAUCGCCCUCGAACCUUCGAAACGGAAAUAAUAGCCCUUCUUGCAAUUACUUAGUAGGACGGGCCUAUCGACCUGUCAGAGUCAUGUUUAAUAAUCCAUCUUCACCCCUCAGUGGGGUAAGUAGAUCGAGCACGUCAGGUACGAGAUUGUGCAACUAUUUGGUGCUAUUAUCUAGUCUGGCGUAGAACUCUCUUCGCGAUUGUUUAUCCUGUUUGGAUUUCGACUUCCACCUCAUUACUCGCACAAUUCUGUAACCUACUCGACCUCUCUUCCUCUUCCUACUAGGCGUCAUAACAUAAUGCCCCUCCCUCAACCUAAUCUACCUGAGCCUGCGCAUCCUGACGUCGACUCGAUGCUAAGCCGAAAGUUCGGCAAGGAGAUCGCCAACUACUUCUCCGGAUCGCCACUGAACCGUGUGUCUUUCCUUCGCCCUGACCAUGCAUUUCUCUCCCAGGCCCUCCGCCACCCUUCGGCCUCUUUCCUUCUCUUCAACAAGCUUGAGCCGUUGGUCAAAUCUGGCACCGAGCUCGUGCAAGUAAAGUAUACCGAUGUGCAACCCAUUAUUGGCGAAGAUCCAUUUUCAAAGACGGAAGAGGAUACCAUCAAGGACUACAACUCAGCGACAUACUUGCCGCAAAUAGUCUUCCUAGGUCUCGACGAGCGCGUAGAGGGAUUCGUAUACAAGGAUCACUACAAAGGACAACCCUACUUCGCCGUCGAUGUGACACCUAAGGCCAGCGUGACUGAGGCUGCUGAGGCCUUGAUCAAGAAUCUAGAAGGGCAGGGUCUUGCUUUCUCAAAAGGCCGAAUGCACCUAUCUUUGCCUGCACAAGAAGCCGCAAUCUAUGCCGAAGCUCGCCAUUUGCUCGACUGGAAUGCAAGAAACCCAUACUGCGGAGCCUGUGGAUACCCUACUCUCUCCAUAAACGCCGGCUUCAAGCGAACAUGUCCCCCACGAGACAUCGCACCUUCAGUAUCGACACCGGACCGCCCACCCUGCGCUACACGCACCGGUAUCUCCAAUCUAUCCUUCCCCAGGACUGACCCUACCGUCAUCAUGGCUGUAGUAUCUGCCGACGGACAGCGUGUGCUGCUUGGCCGACAAAAGCGCUGGCCAGAGUACUGGUACAGCACGCUCGCCGGGUUCCUCGAGCCCGCCGAGAGCGUGGAAGAAGCCGUACGAAGAGAAGUAUGGGAGGAGUCUGGAAUUCACCUCGGACGCGUCGUCAUCCACUCCACUCAGCCCUGGCCGUAUCCCGCAAACUUGAUGAUUGGCGCCAUUGGACAGGCGAUUCCCACUGGCGAGACCGUGCACUUGGGACACGAUGCGGAGUUGGAAGAUGCCAAAUGGUUCACGCUUGACGAGGUGCGGGAGGCGUUGAGAAUCGGUACGAGUGGACUUGGUGAAGAUGCCGGACCAGAGUACAAGCCCGGUGGAUUGAGGUUGCCACCGAAGACCGCGAUCGCGAAUCAGCUUAUGUCCGCUGUGGUCAAUGGAUUUGUUAGUGGGUCGCCGAAUCUAUAGACAUAGUAGAUACAACAAUAUAGAAAUACACUUGUUGGAAGAUUGGUAUUGUAUUUUUAUCUUAACUAGUCCGUUCCUCUAUGGGAGGACAAUGUACUUCUUCAAAUGCU